GGUGGCAGCACCGCAUCACGUGAAUUUUCAUGGCGUUGAAGGGCUAGUCCCGAAUUGUCUUGUGAUUUCGCCAAAUUACUUGCUGUUUCGGAUAUUUAUUGUUAUACAGCAUUAAUUUAUAAGUCGUAGUGGUGAAAAUGUCGGAGUACUGGUUGAUCAGUGCACCUGGUGAUAAGACCUGCCAGCAGACAUGGGACACCCUGAACAAUGCCACCAGAUCGGCCAACCUUUGCGCCAACUACAAAUUCCCAAUCCCUGACCUGAAGGUAGGGACAUUGGAUCAGUUGGUUGGUCUGUCCGACGAUCUGGGUAAGCUUGACACUUUCGUGGAGGGUGUCACCAGAAAAGUAGCUCAGUACCUUGGUGAGGUACUAGAAGACCAACGUGACAAGCUCCAUGAGAAUCUGAUGGCAAACAACAGCGACCUGCCUACGUACCUCACUCGCUUCCAGUGGGACAUGGCUAAGUAUCCGAUCAAGCAGAGUUUACGUAACAUAGCUGACAUCAUUAGUAAACAAUUGGGUCAGAUUGAUGCUGACUUGAAGGUGAAGUCGUCCGCAUACAACGCACUCAAAGGCAACCUGCAAAAUUUAGAGAAGAAGCAGACCGGCAGUCUUCUGACCCGCAACUUGGCUGACUUGGUGAAGAAGGAGCACUUCAUUCUGGACAGUGAAUACCUCACCACAUUGCUUGUCAUCGUGCCUAAGUCGAUGUUUAACGACUGGAACGCCAACUACGAGAAAAUAACUGACAUGAUCGUGCCUCGCUCGUCCCAGAUCAUCCACCAGGACAACGACUACGGGCUCUACACCGUCACUCUCUUCAAGAAGGUAGUGGACGAGUUCAAGCUGCACGCGCGCGAGCGCAAGUUCGUGGUGCGCGAGUUCUCGUACAACGAGGCCGACCUCGCCGCAGGGAAGAACGAGAUCACCAAGCUGGUCACUGACAAGAAGAAGCAGUUCGGUCCCCUGGUGCGAUGGUUGAAAGUGAACUUCUCUGAGUGCUUCUGCGCCUGGAUUCACGUCAAGGCUCUGCGAGUGUUCGUCGAAUCGGUGCUUAGGUACGGCCUACCGGUGAACUUCCAGGCCGUAGUAAUGGUCCCGUCCCGUAAGAGCGUUAAGAAACUACGCGACGUACUUCAACAGCUGUACGCGCAUCUAGAUCAUUCGGCUCAGCACCACUCCAAUUCGCAGGACAACGCCGAGUUGGCCGGCCUCGGUUUCGGCUCCUCAGAAUAUUACCCAUACGUGUUCUACAAGAUCAACAUUGACAUGAUAGAGAAGGCGGCCUAAUUCAUGCGGCUAUCGUAAAGCCACUAAAUGUAUAGGUAAUGUUACCAGAAUGCGCUUAGUUGCCGCUAAGGCCGAAACACUCGCUGUUCAGCCACAAAAAAAAAUAGCUACAAAUAUUUCGUUGAACAAUACAAGUUGUUUGUCACAUAUCUAUUGAAAUUUAUUCACAUAAAUUAUACUAUUUUAUCCCCUCCAUACAGCCUUGUAAAAAGAA